AUGGAUUUUACUCUACCUGAGAUGAACACCUUUUACUGGACCAACACCUGCCUGGAUCUCAGCAACAUUGAGGAUUACGCACAAACUCCAAACAGAGUAUCCAAUGAUGUGCCCUACAUGCGUCCAGACACUCACCGUCGCAGGAAGCGCACCACUUUCAGUAAAGCACAGCUAACCGAGUUGGAGAGGGCCUUCUCCAUUACGCAAUAUCCCGACAUCAAGAUGAAGGAGUCCUUGGCCUCUCUGACUGGCCUACCUGAGUCCAAAAUCCAGGUCUGGUUUCAGAAUCGCCGUGCAAGACAUUUCAAGAGUAAGAAGCCGCCAAGACACUCUCCAAAACCUAACGCAGAGUCUUACCAGUCACAGCACUUCAACACCCCCCUCAGCCCGCCAUUCGCCCAGGUCCCCACAUUCUCACCUCCCCCGAGCCUGACCCCCUCUCCUGGAUACACCACGUCCACACUUACCAUCUCCUGCCCGCUCUCAGACAUUCUGGAGGCGAGAGCUCUGUCACUACCAAUGCCAGCAUCACCGGAACAGGCCGCGGUGCCCGGGUCACCACAUGGGCACUGCGGGAAGAACUACAUGGAGAUGCCGGACUUCAGCGACCUCUGCGGGGAUGAUUUCCUUCACAACUCUCUGAGUGAGUGGGACAUCCCUGAAGAGCUGGAGGCUUUCCUUGGGAUCGACCCCCUGGCCGCCCAAACCCGCUGUGGGCCCGUCAAACCCGAGCCUAAGCAGAAUUCACUAAGCCCUGACGAGUUCAUCCAAGGAGGAAAGCUCAUCACCGACGAGUCCGCCUCUGACCUGUCCGAUCUGUCUCUGCAGGAUCUGGGUGAUUUUAACUUGUCUGACUUGGAGCUCUCUGCUGCUAUGAUCGAUUAUCUCCUUAACUGA